CUCCAUGGUAGUAUUUGCGGCCCUUGGGUGCCACCUGAUGGGGAUAUUUUCACACACACUGGUAGUCUGGUCAGCCCUUUAGAAGAUUCACUUGACUGGUGGACAGAAGUUAGACUGAUCCCAUCCGGCACUACAUCCAUUAUUGCUCAUAUCCGUAUCGGAAAUCUACAAGCAGCCCUUCAUCAUGUCAUUCAAGUAAUUCCUCAAACAGUGUGUGGUAAUGGUGAAUGUGAGGAUGACAGAGGAGAGGAUUGCCAGGUCUGCCCCAAGGACUGUGGAAUAUGCCCCCUUGAGACGGUUGAGAUUGUUGGCAUUGUCAUCGCAUGUUUGUUUAUCAUAUGCACAUUUAUUGCAAUUAUUUUGUAUUUUUAUAUCAAACAACAGAAAAUGCUAUGGGAUGAAAGCUGGGUUAUUCCAUAUGAAGACAUACAUCCAGAUACGGGUAUUCGUGGGUUUAUGGGCAGCAUUAUUAGUGUACAAAAGAGUUAUGACAAGGUUACUGACGGUGCAAGCAGUGCUGGGGCCAUGGCAGUUGCUGCACAACAAAAACAAAUAUUUACUCAAACAGGGAUAUUUAAUGGACAAACUAUUGCAAUUAAAAAGAUAGAGAAAGUGAGUUUUUCUCUCACCAAGUCAUUGCGUAAAGAAAUCAAACAAGUCAGGUAG